AUGCAGCGCUCUGCAUGCGUUCGCCCCUUCCCGGCAUUUGUACGCCCUGGUGUCUUAGACCUCUCGCUUGCGCCGUGUCUUGUUUCGCCUCAGGCCAUGAAAGACAAGGCAGCGGAGCUGUUUUGUCUGAUUGACAAGGUGCUGACGGACGCAAACUUCGCGGCUUCUUCCCGAGCGAUCGAAAUCCUCAAGGAGUCUCUUUCCACAGUCGAGAGCAGCAUUCAAUCCGCUGGUCACAGGGCAGCAGCCAAGCGAAUCUUCGCUGUACAGACUGCUACUGGCUUCGUGGGCGAGUUGCGAGGGGGUGUUUCAUACAGAGACACGCUGCUAGGACUGCUGCAAGAGGCUCAGUCCGACUGGCCUUCCGUGGAAAAGCGGCUACGCAGCAUCAGAUCACGAUUGUUGCAACGUGAAAACUUCAUUGUGAAUCUUACCGGGGAUAGCGGAGCGCUUGCUGCGGCUGCAGACGGCAGGGGUGGUGCUGCACUUAUAAGCCUCCUUGCUGCCCUUCCCGUCGGAGAUGCAGCAGCGGCAGAAGCAGCAGCAGCGACUGCAGCAGCACACGCUUCGGGAGAGGAGGGUGCAACCGUGCAGAUCUUCACGAGUGCCCUCGGCAAUAGGGGAUUCGAUAGGGAGUCGCAGUGGGUAAAGGAAAUCCGAGCAGAUCAUCUUCUCAACAGAACUGUGCGCGAAGCUCUCUUAAUCCCAACAAAAGUGAACUUUGUAUCCCAGGGUGGUCGCAUGGCCUCUUCCGGAUCAUCCUUGAGGGGUCAGGAUUUUGUGGUUGCUGCAUCGAUAUCGACGCAUCAUUUGUGGAAGAAGGUUAGGGAGAUUGGAGGGGCGUACGGUGCGGGCUUUGUGUUUGAUGCAAGUGGCCUGUUUUGCUUCACCUCCUUCAGAGAUCCGCAGCUGGUAAAGACUCUUCGAGCGUACAAGGAGACGCCAGCCUUCCUUCGCAAGUGGGCUGCCUCCAUGACAGAAAGUGACGUUCGACGCGCCAUUAUCGCAGUAUUGCGAGACCUCGAUGCGCCUUUGCCGAGUGAUCAGAAGGGCACGAAGAGUUUGUGGCAGCUUAUUGCACGGCAAACCGAAGCGCAUCGGAGGCAGUUCCGCAAAGAGACACUCUCAACUAUAGAGGAGCUAGACUUAAGGCUCUCUUUUUUGCUUUCUUAUCAUGAGG